UCCUCCUCCUUCUUCACCACCACCACCUCUUUCUCUGCUCGUCCUCUCCUCCGUCUCACAUCCUCACACUCACUGUUUUGCCCGUCCGAAGUGCCACAGAUCCUCCAGAGGGUAAGAUGCCAUGGAGGCCACGGGGAGGACGGCGCUGUACAUCUGCUCUGUUCUCUUCGCCCUGACAGAGGUCAGCUCAGAAUACAUACACAUGCCCGCUCUGGUUCAUCACGGCAUUGAAGGCGACCCGCUCUUCCUCUUCGUGGAGACUCACUUUCCGCUGGACGACGCUGAGAUCCAGGGCACCUGGUCUCACACCAAGCUCAGCGGCAGCAGGACCACGCUGGUGACGUUCACCAAAGACACUGCCAUCACCGACAUGAUGUACCGCAACCACGUCCUCUUCAGAGAGCCCAACGUCUCCCUGCUGAUCCAGAACCUGAACCAGGGUGACGAGGGGACUUAUCAUCUGAGCCUCAACAUCGAGUUUCACAAUAAAACCGGACAGGUGAUCAAGGAGGAGAGAAGCGUUCGUGUUACAGUGGACGCCCCCGUGUCGACUCCAGUCAUAGAAAAGAGCCCGUCGUACGCGGUCGUUGAGGAUAAGGCCAACGUAACGUGGACUUGCUCUGUUGAGAGAGGAACAAGAGUCGUCUUCCAGUGGCUCAGGGACAAUGUCCCGCUGGUUCCCAGCGACAGAUACCACUUCUCCCGGGACAACUCCACGCUGUUAAUCAGCCCCGUGAAAAAAGAGGAUAAGGGAACAUAUCGAUGCGUGGCCAGCAACCCCGUCAGCCCCGGAGAGGACAGCAGGGCUCUGGAGCUCAAUGUCUACUAUGGCCCGUACAACCUGGAGGUGAGCUCCGUCCAGGGCCUGCGCACGGGGGAGGUGUUCACCAUCAACCCCGGGGAGCUGGUCUUCUUCGAAUGCCAGGCCGACUCCAACCCCCCCAACAGCUACGUCUGGAUCUCCAAGAGGCGCAACGCCAGCCAGGUCAUCAACGAGGGCCCGCGGCUGGAAGUGCGCUCCUACAGGCUGGCCCAGGCCGAGCAGUACCUGUGCCGCGCGUUCAACAACGCCACGCAGAAGCAGGACGAGGCGCAGUUCACUCUGGUGGUGGCCAGCCUCGGAACAGAGAAGCACAUCCAGGCGGGUGGCUCGGUGUCUUGGCUGGCCGUCAUCACUGUCUGCUCUUUGUUUGUCAUCGGCUGCAUGCUGCUCUUCUUUCUCAGGAGAAACUGCCAUCCUAAGAGAGUGCUUUUGGGCAUUUACAACAGACCGUUUACAGAGCAGAAAAGACCACAUCGUUCAGCAGGCCACGAGGAUGCCACAGAAGACUUUGGAAUCUACGAGUUUGUCUCCAUACCUGGGAAAUCUGAAUCUGCACAGGCCUCGUGCAGGUCUCUGGCUCGCCUCGAGUCACUUCAGGACAUGCACACCACCAUUUACGAUGUGAUCCGGCACGUUCCCGAAACCCCGAGUCAAAGUCUGCUGAAGUAACCUGCAGCGUUGGUUUUGCCUGGAGACUCGCGUGAGCUUUAUUCUCUUGGGUCUGUGUUACCAGAGUGUCAAGCACUGAUUUUUGGUGGCCCAGCUUUUUUUUUUUGCACAACAAGGGAUGAAGGAGAUCUGUGUGAACACACAACCCGAUCAUGCACUGCUGUCGUUAAGCCUAAGACAGACUUUAAACGUCUUCUGCUGACAUUACUGUGAGAUGACAAUGUAUGUAUGUGUGUUUCAAUUUGUCAUGUGAACGUUUGACUGAAGAUAGAACUGUCUUGCUUUUUGCAAAAUUAUCUUUUGGUUUAAACUAAACGAGCCUGUUCAACCAUGCAAUUUGUGAGGAAGACCAACAAGAUGCUCAAAAUACAAUACUUUGUUUAUUAUUUUGUUAUGUAUUAUUUUCAGCGCUAAUUUAUCAUUAAUAACUUUCUAUUGUAAUAUUCCUAAAAGUAUGUUUUGUGAGAAGUGUUGCCAUGAAUGUUUCCUUCUUGUAUGAAAUUUAUUCAGGUCAAUUGUAAAUAAUGUACACAUGGAUCAUUUUGCUAAAUCUACAUACUGUACCUUAUUUUCAAUCAUUUUG